AUGGUGCCCCCGCCGCCGCCCCCGCCGCCCGGCCACGCGCCCGCUUGCGGCGCGGUGGGCUUCCCAGUGUUCCAGGGCGAGGGCACAGAGCUCACCCAGCGCGCGGUCGAUGACUUCCCGUGGGUGGACUUCAAGCGCGGCUCAGGCAGCUUUGCCGUGGAGGGGGGCCGCAGCGAGUGGAAGCCGAUCGGUUCGGGUUGCAAGGACGGCGUGGCCGUGUCCAUGCACGCGCGCCGGCUCCAGGACAAAGGCGGCCUUAGCGAGUUCUUGAUCCGUGGUAGCCUGCCCAUUUCGCGGGACAGCUACUUCGUGCUGAACGCGGACAUGGAGCACCGGGCCGAGUGGGACGACAGCACCACCAGCGUGGCGGAGCUGUCCGCGGCCGGCCCCGGGCCGGAGGCGGGGCCCCUCGCGAGGCGAGAAAGGGUGCUGCACUGGCGCGUCAAGUACCCGUGGCCAUUGGGAAAGCGCGAAUACGUCUUGGAGCAAGGCGUCCACACGCUGCAGGAGGAAGGCGGCGACACCGUGCGCUGCAUCCAGGGCCGCACGCUGGCGAAGGCGAGGGGCGAGGCGGUGCGGCCGCCCGUCCCGGGCACGAUGCGCGUGGAGGACUACCGCUCCAAUAUGGUGAUCUGGGCGGGCCCCGGCGGCAGCGGCGCCAACUUCGCGCUCCUGUAUUUCGAGGACUCCAAGGUCGCCUCCCUGAUGGCUGGUCUCCAAGGUUGCGGCGUCCACCAUCCCGGCGCAGCUGGCCAGCAGCGUAAAGGUGGCGGAGGCGUACCCGCAGCGCCGCACCGCGGAGGCGGGGCUCGCCGCGCGCGCCCCGCCCCGAGCCGCCACGACACGAGCCCGCGCCGCGCCGCCGCCCCGCGCCGACGCAGGCCGCCGGCCGCAGGUCCCCGCCCGUGGCCGCCGCCGCGGCCGCCGUGCGGUUGCGCCUGUGGCAGCCCGGCCCCAGGAUUUCUUCAGCCCCGGUGGUAG